AUGGGACUUGUUCUUCAGUUUGCUGGCAGACUGUAUCCCCAGAAGGAUGACCGCGCCCGCCGACUUGUUCCCCAGAUGGAGGCGGAGGCGAAGUCGCUGUUGGGCCCCAGCGGGGCCGCGCUGCAGCAGCUGGGGGUGUGGCGCCCCCCCGCCACCGGGCCGGCCGGCCCCCGACUGCUGAGUGCGCUCUUCAUCAUCGCCACCAACGCGCUCGUGUCCGCCGCUAGUGCCGUGCAGCUCAUCAUCGACACCCCGACGGACUCAGAGACGCUGCGCGACGUCUUCUUCCAGACCACUUGCGGCUGCGCCUGGGCCCUCAGGAUGGUGCUGUUCAUGCAGCAGAGGGCUCGCCUGGGACGUCUGGUGUUGACGCUGCUCGACACAAGGAAGCGAUACGCAGAGCGAGUCCCAGGGAUCAGGAGUAGAUACGACCGAUCUGCCGCAGUGGUCUUCUUGGCCUGGCAGGUGCUGCCGCUGACGUCCGUGUCGCUGUGGGCUCUGGGUCCGGUGACUGGCGCUCCGGAGUCGGUGACGGUGGGCAACUCCACAAUGGUGGUGCGCCGCGAGCCACUGGUCCUCUGGCUGCCGCUCGACACCCAGCAGUCGCCCACCUACGAGAUCGUCUUCGCACUGCAGGUCGUCGGCGUCGUCGCCGUAUCCGAGAUAAGCAUCCUCCUCGACAUUUUCUUCGUCUGCCUCAUGAUCCACGUCAUGGCCGAGAUUGCUGUUCUCAACAAGAACGUCACCAGUAUACGCUUGUUCGGGCAGAAUGGACACCGCAAUCAGCUGCAUGAAGCGAGAGAUGUGACUGCCGCUGGUCGACAGAGAUAUAAUGAUGGAGAGCAGUACACAGACGGCGACGAGUCUGUCGAAUGGACAUCUGCAGUAACUGAACCACUUCCGAACAGCACAUUUGUCUCCUCGCAGGACGUGGAUGACGCAAAGAGACGACUAUACGCCAUUUUAAAGAUGAACAUUCAACACCAUCAGGCUAUUAUGUUGUGCGUCACCGAGCUGGAGGAAGGGAUGAGUAAGUCCACGUACAUCAUUCUGCUAGUGAACGCCCUUACCAUUUGUUUACAUGCCUUCGGAUUUGUUGAGCUUUUCCAAGGAGGCUGGAAAGGACCAGCCGUGGUGAAGAGGCUGCUCGCUUGCCCCAUCUAUAUGGCGCAGACUGCACUCUUCUGCCUCUUCGGACAGUCACUGACGGACCAUAGCGAGCGCCUGCUGGACUCUGCUUUCAGCUGCGGCUGGCCAGGCACCGACGGUCGUUUCUGCAGUGCCCUACUCAUCUUCAUGCAACAGGCGUCGCAGCCUCUCAAGAUCAGGGUGGGUAAGAUCUUCACACUGUCCAGGAACUCUUUCUUACAGGUGUGUAAAAUUUUGUCGGAAAUAACAUGA